AUGUUCGAGACGUGCUCGCGCCGCGCACCUUCGUCUUUGCUUGAUCUCCUGCGAAGGCUCGAACUUUCGCCCGUUCCACCGGCUCUGCCGAGCGCUAAGACUCUUGAUCCGGCAGAGGCCUGCCCGAAUAGCCUGGAUAAGAAUGCCCACCUGGAACAGACGAGCGAGUGCCGCGACGGACUGGUGCAGUGCCGCAGAUGUGUUGACAUCCACGAGGCCCUCGCAAGACUUUCUUUGGGUUCCGCCUGCGAAUCUAGACUUAUCUCGAAUCUGCCUUCCAUCCAGGAGCUUCUCCGGAUCGCGACAUUGAAAAGACUUCAGUUGCGACUCCGAAGCGACCCUUUCUUGGUCGCGUUUAGCCGCUUUGGCGGCGCAUGCAGUGGGCGACAGAACGCGGAAGCUGGCGAUUUCGGCCUUUCCAGAGACGGCCGAGAAGGCGGUACACCAGAGGCAGAUACCGUCCAUCGGCUCACGCGCCAGUCCACGUCCCCUGGCUUCAAAGAUAUCCUAGGGAGUUUGGACGAUCCGUGCGUUGACAGCUGGCCAGCAUCGGCAACCACCGGGUCUGCAGAUCCUGGGAUGCCCUUCAGCUUCGACAAACGGCUUUUGUCCGAACCAAGAAUCCCAGGCUUGUUUUCAUCUGUAUGGUCUUUGCCUGCGUCGCUCAUCCGGGGGUACGUACACCGCUGGGCUCUCGUCGGGCAGCUGACAAAGUUUUUCGCCCUCCGAGGAGGCCUGAAAACGACGGACGCCCUGACAGAAGAGCGCCGUCCGCCAGCCGCAUCACAGGGGAUGCCGCAGCUGCGCCAUUCAGAGGCGGUGGAGCCGGGCUCAAAGACCCAUACGGUACACGCUGAAAUAGAGGAGAGGGCUCUCGAUGCCUUGAAACUUCGCGCCGGUGGGCUGUGGGCCGCAGUUCGGCGCUCCAAGGAAAAGGUUCAACGCCUUCAACAGCUGCCUCAAGUCCUCAUUAUUCAGAUCAGUUCAUUAGGCGUCACGGCGUACGGUCAAGUCUACAAGCAGCUGGAGCGCUGUACCUUUCCUCUUGUACUUGAUGCCUUGUCUCUUCUUGGGCCUGCGGGGGAUAAUGUGAACGGCAGUCAUGCCCAUUCUUUUAACAGCAGUGACGUCUGUGAGCUACCCCCGCAGACCAGCCCGGGAAUGCUGAGUUCGGAAACUCAGAAGCGAGGAGUGGUAACCAAUUCUACGACAUGCGACCGGGGAAUCUGCCCAGCUGCAGGAUGGGGGUGUGAGAGUGCGGCGGAGACGAAUGCCGAUCUCCAGCAGGAGAAGCUGAGAACUCGAUUUAAUGGCCCGCUGUACGAGCUCAGGGCUGUCAUCAGUCAUCUGGAAGAAACGACCCAACGCAAGGGUAUUGCGCAGUGCGACAAGCCUGGUAGUCCUGAGCAAGGAGAGGCACUUCGCGCUCGUACAGCGUGGACCAAGGCGAGGCAGGAUAUGUGGCUGCGCCAGAGCACCAUUCUCGGAGCAUCAGCUGCGUCGUUUGUUCGAGUGUCGGAUUCCUGCGUUCGGGUUGUCGGCGUGGACGAAGUCAUGGCGACAGCGCCUUACCUUCUGUUCUACCAGGUUGCCUCUCCGGCUGUUUUUUGA